AUGCCCCACACUCUCCCAUUCUCAGUUUCUAGACUGAAGAAAUGUGUAGCGACAGGCCUUCAGUGCUCUCCUGCCUCCAUAUCCCUGAUACGUCAACCCACCAUUGAAGGCGAUGACCACUUGAUUUUCCUCAUCGACUCCAAGCCCGACUACAUCAUCCGAAUCACCAAGCCGCGCGAAGAUGGUUCUCGCUCUUACAAUGGCCAAGAGAUGCAGGCACGUGACAUCGCAUUGCGCAGACUCGUCCAAGAUCAGUACCGGGCUCGCGGUCUAGAUGAACGUAUCAUCCCAUGCUCCAUCGGGACCUGGCAACUGAGCGAUGAUGGGGACUAUGCAGCUUCGCUCGAAACCAAGCUCCAAGGGUUGGGGUUGCACCGCGCUCCUGCUUCUGAAUUGACUGUGCAAGGACUGAGGAGUCUUCUUUCUGUGUUGAAGUGUGUCAGCAUCGAAGGAUUAGAAGAAAAACUGGGGGUAAAAAUCCCUUUGAUUCCAUUCCCCAACUUGAAGUUACUCAGAGAGUCUGCGAUCGAAGCAUGGACAAGGCUGGUGGAGCGUGGCCAGGUAUCUGUGAAGGAUAUCGGAAACCAAAGUCCCAUAAACGGGUUACUGGAGAGGAAAACCACCAUACUGGAGAAGAUACAGCACUUGUCUCCAGAAUACCGCUUAGCACUGGUUCACAACGACAUUAAAGGCGAACAUAUCCUCGUUUGUCCCCAAAGUGGCCGGAUAACUGGGAUCCUUGAUUGGGCAGAUGCUGGCAUUGGGAACGCUGCUGUUGAUAUCGCUGGGUUGGUGCUGACUGUCGGAAACAAUAUUGCAAGAGAAAUUGCUAGGGAAGUGGGAUAUGGAGAGAAUGAGAUCUUGCAAGGAGUGCUCCAGGCUCGAUGUGAAUGUGUCUUGAGGUUGGAUGAUCGCUUGAACGGGGAUGAUAGGAUGACUCCUGUGGAUUUGUUGCGAGAUCAGCUUUUCCUGUCGCUAAAGGACUGA